UUUCUUUCCAGGUCUACGCAUCCUACUCUUCAUAUUCAAAAUGCCCACCGCUGUUGCUAUUGGUAAGCCCGGAGAGGAUGGGAUCUCGUCCUUCGUCCCGCAGAGCGACCUCCGGAUAACAAACGUCGCACUCGGGUCCGAGUUGGAGGACGAGAAAGCUCGUCUGAGUGCACCGAGUGACGAUGAGGACGAGGAGAGCGAAGACGAGGAGAAGAGUGUGCAGCUAGUGGACACGAUUGAGCAGGCCACUGUGGACUUGAUCUUGGAGGAAGAUGUGGAGGUUCUCUUCGAAGUUGUAGGCAAAAAUACCAUCUACCUCACUGGCAACUACAUCGAUCAAGGGCCACCAGGUGGUAUGCCUUUCGGUGAUUCGGAGGAUGAGGACGACUCAGAUAUGGAAGGCUAUGACCUCCGAGAGAUCAGCUCGGACGUUGAGAUCAACCCUGAGGAGCUGGACAUCCCCAGCGACGACGACGAUCGCUUCGAGGAGAGUAAGAAACGCCCCCGCGAGUCGGACGCGAUGGAGACCGACGGCGGCGAGGAGAAGCUCUCGAAGUCCCAAAUGAAGAAGCUGAAGAAGCUGAAGGCCGAGGGGGGCAAGGCUGUUACGACCGCUGAUGAGACGACACAGGCGAAGGCAAAUGGUACGCCUGCGCCGGAGAAGACGGAGAAAAAAGAGAAGAAAGAGAAGAAGGAGAAGAAAGAGAAGAAAGAGAAGGAGCAUGUUAGCAAGGAGCAAGAGUUGAGUGGCGGCGUCAAGAUCGUUGAUUCCAAAGCCGGCGAGGGUCCUAAAGCGAAGAAUGGAGACACACUUUCCAUGCGGUACAUAGGCAAACUUCAGAACGGCAAGGAAUUCGACUCGAACAAGAAGGGCGCGCCGUUCCGCUUCCGCCUAGGCAAGGGCGAGGUCAUCAAAGGCUGGGACAUCGGUAUCGCCGGUUUGCAAGUUGGUGGGGAGCGCAAAGUCAUUGUCCCUCCGAACAUGGGCUACGGAUCCAAGAAGAUGGCAGGUAUCCCUGCAAACUCCACUCUCAUCUUCGAGGUCAAGUUGGUGAAGAUCAACUGAGCUUCCGGUCUUGACAUCCCAUCAUCUGCACAUCUCACCCUUGAGCCAAUUCACAGCUCAGGACAAAAUAUUGUAUGUCUUGCUUAGUUGCCAUCCGCGCCUGGGGAUUGGUGCGUCGCUACGCGCAAUGGCAUAAGCAAACAGGCUGUCUCUUGAUAGUCUCUUGGUGG